AACCGCAGGCUCGAAUAUAGUACGCCCGGUGUUUUUGCACGGAUCGCAGCAACCUCGCGACCGGGUCUUUAUUCCGGACAGAACUAGUUUAAAGUCUGAAAGAAUAGCAAAAAACAUGACGAGUCAAGAAUCUAUCCCGAAACAUGUAGCAGACGUGGACUAUUGGAUUUCACGAUGGGAAAAUAAUGAGACAUCAUGGCACAAAGACGCAAUCCAACCUUGCCUGCUCCAGCAUUUUGAUAAAUUGAUCCCAAACAAGAAAGGAUCACCGAAGCCUCGAGUCUUACUUCCCCUUUGCGGAAAAUCGCUCGAUCUUCUAUGGUUAGCUGACCAAGGAUGCCAAGUAGUUGGAGUAGAGGGAGCUUCUAAGCCCAUCGAAGAGUUUUAUCAGGAAAAUAAUCUCCCGUUUGACACUCAAACAGUACUCGACCCCAACACUGAGGCGAAGGUAAAAUGUUACUACGGUCGAGACCGUGACAUCAAGAUCUAUCAAGUUGAUUUAUUCGCCAUCUCCGCGUCUUUAAUUGGAGAAUUUGAUGCUAUUUGGGACCGAGGAUCUCUGAGUGCAAUAGGGCUCUACAUAGAUAACCGAGGUAGCCGCUAUGCUAAUCUACUCGUGUCUCUUCUCAAGCCGCAUGGCCGAUAUAUGAUAGAGAACCACCACUACAUUGAAGACCCCGGCCCACAUCGCGGGCCCCCUAGCGAUGUCCCAGAAAAAGUUUUGAGAGAACUUUACGGGGAAAUGUGCGAGAUUGAAAAUCUAGAAGUAGAUCUACCGGCAGCGCCAAGCCAAGACAAUCCUAGACCCUUCGUUACAGCAUAUUACGUAAUGCAUCGCAAGUAAUUUUUAAGUUUUAAAAUUGUUAUCACAGAGUUAGUUAACUGACAAAUGAAUGUCACUGUUAGCACGA